AAGUUAAAAUUCUUUAUAUCGUCAUAAGUUUUAGCAUGAAUAAUCAAAGACCUCCACGAUUGAACCAGCUGUCUGGAGCUGCUGGGAGAAAAAGAGCGAUGAUUCGGAAAAAAAACGAAAGCAAAAACAAACGAACACUUUUAGGUUGCGUUCGUUGGACAAAAAUCGAAGAUAAAUGCAAGCAGUUCAAUGAUAUUGAGAUCGGUAUCAAUGACUCUAAUGAGUUGCCAGACCAUAAUUCCGACAAACUUUUUCUUGCCGAUGACAUCGAUGACUCCCAAAAAACAUCAUCACAUUUAAAAAAGGAUCAGUUGGAUUUUGUACUUGAUUGUCACAAUGACCAACAAAUUUAUAAAAGUGAUCUUUCUAUACCAAUUUCUAACGAUCCUGCACUAUGGAAAUCAAUAUCAGACACUGAUCGAACGAAUAUAAUUCUGAUGGGACCUUCUUCAAAUCCUAGCAAUUUUCCAAGAGAUCAAAAAGAACGCAAAUUCCCUACUUAUAUUUUUUUAGAGGAACAAAGAAACGGAGAAAAAGUUAGAAGAGAUUGGCUCGUUUGGAGUAAGGCUGUGGCAUCACUCUUUUGUUUCCCUUGCUCCCUUUUUGGAUCGCCUAACUUAACCAGACCCGGUGUUCAAUCCAGUUUGUUGUCUUGGAAUGGAGGUAUACAUGGAAAUCGGAGAAAACUUUCAGAUCGCGUUAAAAGUCAUCAACAAAGCGAUUUUCACCGUAACUGUUAUCUCCAAUGGAAAACAGCUACGAUUCACUUGAAAAGUCAAAAGCCCAUUGAGCAUCAGUUAGAAAAACAAAUUGGAGAUGAAACAAAACGAUGGAAAUUAGAAUCCAAUCAAAAGUUGUUCAAAAAUGGGAAUGGAAACUUCCUUGGAGCGCUCGAAUUAAUUGCUCGCCACAACAAAACAUUACAAGAUCAUAUGCAUCUUAUUGCUAAGCACCAAGAAGAAGAAAAACGCAUGCAAGCUCAUUAUUUAUCCUGGAAAUCACAAAAUGAAUUUAUCAAGGAAUGCGGCAAAUUAGUGCUGUGGGAGGUCAAAGAAAGGUUCCUUAAGCUAGAAGAACUUGAAAAGAAGAAGGGAUCUGAUAUAACAAAGUUGAUAUUGAAUGUGGUGGAAGAGUAUUUACAAUGGAGUUCAAGCUUUGAUAAGACAGAAUAA